AUGGGUGGAGACGUUCCCCGACAAGCUCCCAGCUCUCUGCCCCGGGCGCCCGAAAGCCCCGUCGGACAACGCAUUAGGAGCAUCUACACUGACCGUCUCCGCCAGUUUACAUCUAGCGGUCAGUAUGAGAAGCAGAAUCUGAUUGGUAAGCUCUUCGAAGCUACCACUUCCUCCGAAGACCACGUCAAGCUCUCCGUCUAUUCCGUCCCCGAUCUGCAACGGCCCAGUUUCAAAGAGGCAAUCGCCAACGAGUUUAAGCCCACGCACAUCGGUGCCUCCUUCGGGCCCAGCUGGUCGACGCACUGGUUCCGCAUCCGCCUGACGAUCCCCGAAGAGUACCGGAAAAAGGAGCGGCUAGAGUUCCACUGGGAUGCGAAUAAUGAGGGCCUCGUCUGGACGGAGGACGGGCACCCGCUCCAGGGUCUCACGGGGGGUGGGGAGCGGGUGGAGUGGAUCAUCCCAGACGCUUGGCGCGAUGGGAAGGAGCAUGUCUUUUAUAUUGAGAUGGCGUGCAAUGGCAUGUUUGGAAAUGCACCCGGCGGAGACUCGAUCCAGCCGCCGAAACCUGAUCGCUAUUUUACGUUGCAUACGGCGCGGAUCACCGCCGUGAAUUUGGCGGCUAGGGCUUUGUUUUAUGAUUUUUGGAUUAUCUCGGAUGCCGCUAGGGAGUUUCCCGCUGAUGGAUGGGAGUCUCACGAGGCCAAUGUGGUGGGCAAUGCGAUUAUUGAUGCUUUCAUUGCUGGCAAUGGAAGCACUGAGGCUAUCAAGGAAGGUCGCCGGAUUGCACAGAGAUAUUUGGGCGACAAGGUCGACUCCGCCGAAGUGUAUGAUACCGAUGCGAAGCCGAUCAUCUACGGAAUAGGGCACUGCCAUAUCGAUACCUGCUGGCUUUGGCCAUGGGCAGAAACCAAGCGCAAGGUUGCACGAUCAUGGUCAAACCAGUGUGAUCUUAUGGACCGAUACCCAGAGCAUCGCUUCACCUGCUCUCAGGCCCAGCAAUUCAAGUGGCUGAAGCAUUACUACCCGACCGUCUUUGACCGUGUGAAAUCAUGGGUGAAGAAAGGCCACUUCCAGCCCAUCGGUGGCAGUUGGGUUGAGCACGAUACGAACAUGCCCAGUGGCGAGUCUCUGGUGAGGCAGUUCAUCUACGGACAGCGGUUCUUCGAGAGCAAUUUUGGCGAACGUUGCACCACAUUCUGGCUCCCUGAUACAUUUGGCUAUUCCACGCAAAUUCCCCAGAUCUGCCGAUUAGCAGGCAUGAGCCGCUUCUUCACGCAGAAGCUUAGCUGGAAUAACAUUAACAACUUCCCCCAUACGACUUUCAAAUGGGUUGCCCUCGAUGGAAGCCAGGUGCUGUGCCAUAUGGCGCCAUCAGAGACAUACACUGCGGAAGCCCACUUUGGCGAUGUGAGACGCAGCGUGUCGCAACACAAGUCUCUCGACUCAGACAACACGUCACUUCUCGUCUUCGGCAAAGGUGACGGAGGGGGUGGGCCUACCUUUGAGCACUUGGAAAAGCUCCGCCGCUGCCGUGGCCUUAGUGACAAGACUGGUUUGCUUCCUCGCACUUCGAUGGGGGGAUCAGUCGACGACUUCUUUGCAAGUCUCGAAAAGAAGUCUGCAGACGGAACCAAGUUUGCGACAUGGUAUGGCGAGUUGUACUUUGAGCUGCACCGGGGCACAUACACCACGCAGGCGAACAACAAGCGCCACAACCGUCGAGCCGAGUUCCUCCUUCGCGAGCUCGAGUAUCUCGCGACGCUCGCCUCGCUAACUCAAUCCGAUUAUAAAUACCCCAAGAAGGAUAUCGACUUUAUGUGGCAGGGUACGCUCCUAUGCCAGUUUCACGAUUGUCUUCCAGGGUCCUCGAUCGAGAUGUGCUACGACGACUCUGACGAGCUAUACGCCAAGAUCUUUGCGAUUGGCCUGAAUGCACGAAAAGAGGCCCUCGAAGUCCUCGGGUACAGCGAGAAGGGUUCAGCUCCGGUAGCAAUCAAUACCCUCCCCUGGCACCGCUCUGAAGUAGUCAAGCUCCCGGCCCAAGCAGCUACCAAUGGUCUCAAAUACACCAUACUCACCGGCGGCCCCGGCGCCAUCCCGGUCCCAGCGACUGCCGCAACCGCCUCGAAAGUUAGCAUCAACGAGAUCCAACCGGGCGUAUUCCGUCUCGAUAACGGAAAGCUCCGCGUGGAUGUCCAAGGCGGCGUCAUCAUUUCGCUCUACGAUAUUGAUGCCGACCGCGAAGUCAUUGUCAAAGGUGGGAAGGCUGGUCAGCUUGUCAUCUUCGACGACAAGCCGCUGUACUGGCAGGCCUGGGAUGUCGAAGUCUACCAUCUCGAAUCUCGCAAGGAGCUCCAGUCUGUGAAGACUAGUAUCGCUGAACGGGAUCCAUACCGCGCCAGCGUCGUUACUGAGACGAGAAUCAGCGAGAACAGCUGGAUCAAGACGACUAUCAGCCUCGCGGCCACAACGGGUACACAUCUGUCAUAUGUCGAAUUUGAGAGCGAAGUCGAAUGGCGCGAGACGAUGAAGUUCCUCAAGGUCGAGUUUCCGGUUGAUAUCACGAACACCGAAGCGUCUUAUGAGACGCAGUACGGUAUCAUUCGUCGUCCGACACACUAUAACACAACUUGGGACAUGGCCAAGUUCGAAGUCUGCACCCACAAAUUCUCCGAUCUAUCCGAGUCAAACUACGGCGUCUCUAUCCUCAACGACUCGAAGUACGGCUUCGCCACCGUCGGAAACCUCAUGCGGCUCUCUUUACUCCGUGCACCAAAAGCACCGGAUGCGCAUGCCGACAUGGGCCGCCAUACCAUUCGCUACGCGAUCAUGCCUCAUGCCGGUCCACUAGAUGCGAGAACCGUAAGGGCGGGCUAUGCGUUUAACCAGCCCCUUGUGCUGGAUACACACCAUAGCCCUUCGCUCAGUCGGAAUAAGAACGAUGGGGAGGACCUCUUCUCGAAAAUCACCCUCUCCGGCUCCUCCUCUCUGAUCCUCGACACGGUGAAACGCGGCGAAGACGACGAAGACAUCUCGGGAGAUCCAGACCUUGAAAUCCCAGCGUCCAAGCGCAAGGGGCAGAGUAUUGUGCUGAGGAUCUAUGAGAGUCUCGGUGGGCGGAGCCGUGGGGUCAUUCGGACGAGUUUCCCGGUCAAGAGAGUUUGGAAGUGUAACGUUCUCGAGGAUGAUGAGGAAAAGCUGGAGGUUGUCGAUAUCCAAGGAGAGGCAAAGAAAGUGGAGAUUGAGUUGAGGGCGUUCGAGGUUGCGACGUUUAGGUUGCAGUUGUAG